CAAUUCCCUCCGACUGCAAGCUUUACGAUAGCCCAAAAGAUCAUCAGCCUUCAUCACUUUGCCGCAACCAAGCCGUUCGAGUCGUGAAGGAAAUUCAAUCUCUCCCUAACCUUACCACCCACCUCCCACCCGUUCACCGAACAACAACACUUCAAAAUGUCUUACAACAAGGACAAGGACUUCGGCGAGGCGCCCAAGACGCACAAGAUCCGCAUCACCCUCUCCUCCCGCAAGGUCCAGUCCCUCGAGAAGGUCAGCGCCGAGCUCAUUGAGCGCGCCAAGUCAAAGGACCUCCGCGUCUCCGGCCCCGUCCGCCUGCCCACCAAGACUCUCAAGGUCACCACCCGCAAGACCCCUUGCGGUGAGGGUUCCAAGACCUGGGAUUGCUUCGAGAUGCGCAUCCACAAGCGUCUCAUUGACCUCAACGCCCCCACCGAGAUCGUUAAGCAGAUCAUCAUCAACAUCGAGGCCGGUGUCGAGGUCGAGGUUACCAUUGCCGCAUAAGCGAUUGGAAACCAAGCCCCGGAACAAAAAAUGUUGUAAAGACGAGUUGUUGUUGUAGGAGGGAUGGAACGGUAUGGGCUUCGGACUUGGGAAGGCUGCGUUUGCUCAGCCAGCGACGAGGGAUGGCCGAAAGGCUAUACACCUCGGCGCAGCUUUGUAGAGGCGGCGGGACGAGCGAGGCGGUCUAGAUACCACCCGAAUCAACUGAUGACCCCCC